AUGGACAUUGUCGGAAGAGAAUUUGAUUAUCAGUCAUUUGAACGUAUAGAACUUUUAUCGAGUGGGCCAAUAAGCAUAGUCAAAGUCGCUCACCUGGAAAAAAUCCACAAAAUUCUUAUCCUGAAACGGAAAUCAAAAUUCUUGGAGAUUUUCCCUCAAGAUGCGUACCUAUCAGAAGUUCGCAAAUUGUUAUCCGAAAGAUUCCAUCGAUAUAAAUUUGGCCCGGAAAUGCGCAGUAAUUGUCACUUUGAAGACCCUAAAUAUGGAAUAGUGAGAGAUGAAGAUAAAAUUUUGUUAACUGAGAUUGCUCACGAAAGUGCUAUAAAAAUCGUUUUGAAUUACCCAGACUUGCAUGAGUUCGCUCAGCGUAGUGAGUAUGGAUUUAAAAUAACAGACAAAGGAUCUGAGAGAGCAAGAAAAAAGUCAUCGAGUAUAAAAAAAUACACAGAUAUUAAAGGUUACCCGAAGCCAGAUAUUAAUAUACGUUGUAAAAACCAUAUAGACCAUUUAUGUGCACGUAACUUGGUAGAUUACUUAGCAGAUUACUUAGCAGAUUCAGAAGAAACGAUUCACUGGUUAUCCAUCUGUCUUGGAAUAGAAAAAAAAGAUCUGGAAGGAUUGAACAAUAAUUCUUUUCUUCCCAACAAUUACAAAAUAUUAGAACGUCCCAUGGCACAUAUAAUAGUGGAAGAUAUAAUUAUUUCUCCGGAACUAAAACAAGAAAUUAAAAAGGCCGUUGAUAACAAACAUUCUAUAUCAAAACAGCGCGAAAAACUUAGGAAAAUAAGCGAAGAAUUUGGUCAAUUUUAUUCCGAGGAAAUAAUAUUAGGAGGAAAAAUUGUGCAACAAAAAAAUACAUUGACAGACAGCACUUCAAGUAAUCGAAACGUCGGCUCUGCUUCUAAACUCAUACCAACAAGUGAUGAAUUUUGUAUUAUUAUCGGUGGCAGCAAAGAAACCUCUCACAAGGAUCAUUCCGAAUCUGAAUGGCUAAAAUCGUUAAUACGUGAUCCACAAACUUGGGAGAUAAUUGGAUAUAAAAAGAUUUCUCCCAUUUUUAACCUUUUGCAAGAAAAUGAUGAGGAGCAAAGGACUUUAAAACAAAAGGUGUUGAAAGCACUCGGUAUUGACUAA